CUGUAUGCGGGCUGCGAGCGUGCAUCUAAGCUCAAUGACUGUUGGUCGUGGUGAAACCAUGUCUAUCCCUAUCUUGACGCAUAGGGCGACGCUAUUUCAGUCGAUGUGACUUUCAAUUCUGUGAAGUCUUUCUGAACCUGAGCCAGUUUGUUUUCAGUGUUCUUCUGUUUUUUGUUGAAAAUUGGAGUUUCAUUCUAUCCAUUAGACAGAGGUUGCCCUGAUGCGCACGACAAUCAAGCAAAGGCGCACCACCGCAGCCUGUGCUGAUAUCUCCUCUGAUAUGAGGUCGAUGUGUGGAUUGCCCCUGCCGAUUCUGGCGACUGCGAGUGCGCCUUGACAGCGAUUUCGACGAGAACAAGCUUCGCCCCAAACGCUCUUUAGUCUGUACCGCUGGAGUCGGACACUGAGAGUCAGGCUUUACCUCAGCAUCCAACUCGGAUUGUGGCGCAAGAUCGAGCCAGGGGUCCGAUUUGCCGCCCGUCUAAGUACCUCGGAUGCCGAUGAUACUUAGCUUGAUGACUCUUACAGUAAGUAUCCGACUGACCAUGGAGCCCUACAUCUCUGAGUCCAUCUGCGUCGUGCCGACGCCCGUUGGUGCGCCAAGAUACGAGCUGCACCUGAGCGGUACUUAACGAGUCUGACAUACGCAACAAUCUCCUCCGUAUGAGCGGGUCUACAUGGUCUCCCAAGGGUACAGGCGUCCAAGUCAGCCCUGUCAGUCUACUAAGAUUCUCCUGCUGUUACCGUCAUGGCGACGGCCUGCAAACCACGCAUUAUUGAAUGGCACAAAAAAUGGUCUCAAACAUACUAAUAUAAAGCCACGAGAAUCCACAACGUCUUGGUCAGACUCAGGUCCAGCUGCGGACCGCACUGUCUCAGCACAUUCGGAAAUGUCUACCCUUCCACCCAAAGCUCGUCCCGUUUUGAUUACAGCUGUCAACGGAUUCAUAUCCAGCAACAUCACCUCUUGCUUCCUCUCGCAUGGGUACACCGUUAUCGGCACAGUUCGCUCGCUAUACCAGCACGCCUGGCUGCAACGCCUCUUUGACACUCAGUACCCCGGCUUGUUCUCGCUGGUCGAAGUCGCUGACAUUGGCGACGAUGGUGCAUUGGAAUCCAUCAUACGGGCUAGAGCCGUCGUCUCAGUGAUCAUCACGACUUCGCUCUUGGACACGAACCAAAAUACGCCGGAGCCGUACAUCUCCAAAUCCGUCGAUAUCGCACUGGCGUCACUGCGAGCUGCGAGUCGCUGCCCGGCCGUUCAGUCCGUCGUCGUUACCAGCAGCGCAUGGGCGAUGGCCACGCCACAUGUGAAUGUGCGUGAAGCGCUCACAGCGUCUGACUACAACGAAGAGGCAAUUGGCCUGGUCUACGACGACGCCGUGACCGACCCCACUUAUCGAGGGUUCCUUAUCGUCAUGGCUGCCAACGCGAAAAAGGGAAGAGCCAUGUGGGACUUUGUACGGGAAACGAAGCCAUCCUGGAGAUUCAACAAGCUCUUGGUCGACACCACGUUCGGAAAUAUAGUCAGCGCCACGGACCAGGGCUUCCCGAGCACGGCGUCCCUUGUGAACGGGCCGGAAGCCGCGAGGUCUGCGAGUUUCAGCCUCACGCCACAAUGGUUCGUGGAUGUCGAGGAUGUGGCGAUGUUGCAUGUUGCGGCGGCGACUAGGCUCGAUAUCUCGUCCGAACGUAUAUUCGCAUACGGACGUCGGUUCACGUGGAAGGCGAUCACGGGGAUUCUGCAGAAUUGCAGACCAGAGGCAGAGUGGACAACUGACAUCAACGAGGACGAAGGAGAAUGUCUCGUCGAGUGCCUAACGAGAGAGGCGCCGAAAUUCUUCGCUCCAUGGGACAGGCCCAAGGCUGGACAGACUUGGAGACGUCAAUCAGGAAUACCGUACGCGAUCAUAAGUUUGUGGAGCAGGAUCCGGCGCAGAUAUUUGUUCACAAAUGGUAAAGAGAAGAACGCUGCGCGAGGCCGCUUCACCAGUUUCGGGUGCUUGUCAAGGUCAGUGUACGCAUACAUACUGAGUGGCCCUUUGAAGUAGCGCCUGCCAGAAUACUGGAGCUGGGUCAAUGAUCAGCAUCAUCUUCCAGCUUAAGUCGAGGAUUAUCAGUCGGCCCUCACACUUCGGAGCCUCAUCACGUGAUAAGCAAGCCCAAGGCUGUAUGACUUUUACUAAUCGGGCCUAGUACAGCCUUAUGGUCAUCCCCUUCCUUUUUCCCCUUGGACUACCACUGACUCCUUUCAUAUCAGACAGUCCCAAGAGUCCGAGCCAGCUGAUUCCUCGGACCCUGAGCAGAUUUCCCUGUAGGGGCUGUCGCAGUAUUCACCAAUUUCAGACCCUCUUGUCCGAAUCAAUUACCUCAACCUCCGCAGCACCAGGCUUCUCUGCAAGCUGUCUCUCCCUUUCCGCCUGCACCUGAAUGUCGGCAUGCUUGCGUCCCUGGAUUCCAAUCUUGUACCACGGCAAACUGAACAGACGGUCCAUAGCUUCGAGCGACAAACCUGCCGUCUCGGGGAUAGUGAACCACACCCAUACGCCCCCGAGCGCCGUGAUGGCGAAGAAGAACCAGAAUGUGCCCUUUGCCGACAUACCCCCAUCAGUCGUACUCAGCAGCAUCGAUGGGACGGCCUUGCUGUUUCCGUACUGGUUGACGAAGUGGAAGCACAUUACCAGUGAGCUGGAAAGAGCUCGGAUUCGCAAGGGGUAGAUUUCUGCGUUGAUCUAGCAAGAAGUCAGUCAACAAGUCUCGCAACAGAGAGAUUGGAAUUGCUUACAAGGUAUUGAAUGCUGUUCCAUCCCAUGGCCCAGCCAAAGCCCGAAAGAUAUAUCAUUACGAUAGCGCCGAUGCUCGCGCGCUUUUGGCUCGAGUUGAAUUUGAAGCCCUCAUCCUCGAUAUUCGGCACGGCGGUGAGGAAGGCAGCGACGUAGGCCAUAGAAAGGGCUUGCAGGCUGAUGCCGAUUGUCAGGGCACGCUUUCUGCCGAUAACGUCGACUAGAAACAAGGCGCACAUGAUUGCCGCGACGAAUUUGACCACGCCGAAGAUGGCAGUUGCGAAGAGCUUCUCAUUCUGUCCUUUUGUGCCGAGCAGAGCGAAAAAGUCGGCGGCGUAGAUGGUGAUGCUGCCGGCGCCUGACCAUUGCGAGAGGAGUUGAACGCCGAGACCAAGGUACAGGCGAUAUGCAUUGUUGGGCAUGCAGAACAUCUCGCGGAGAAUGCCAAACACGCCUUGGCCCAUGGUGGCUUCUUGCUCUUCUUCGAGCUGGUGCUGGAUGUCGCGGAUCUCGUGGAUGAUGACUUCGUGGUCUGAUGGGAGACCUCGAACGCGAGCGAGAUUUCUUAUGGCGUGUUCAACAUUUCCGCACUUGAUCAGGUAGCGAGGAGAUUCGAAGUUGAAGAAGGACAGGAUCAGGAUGAUUCCGGCGAACAUGAUGUGCAGCGUGGUCGGUAUGACCCAUGCGUUUGCGGUGUACUGGUCGAUAUGGAGAGAGCUGCCCCAUGUGGUGAAAUAGGCAAGCAUGAUGCCGAUGUAAACUGCACCUGCAAAAACGCAAGUACAGAGGCCACGGACGGCUUUGGGUGAUAUCUCAGCAAUGUAUACUGGAGCUAUCACGGUCGUUUCUCCGAUCUGCAUGUAUUCAAGCAACAUGUCAGCAUGACGAUAGGCACAAUGUUUGUGACGAUCUUUGAGUCUUGGGCUGGUGGUAUGGUGAUCGAAAUGGAGGACAACUUACGCCGAUGCCUGCAAUGAACCUGCCUGCAUAGACUUGACCGAGACGGCCAUUGUUGGUCAGAAAGAUGAUGAUGCCUAGAAUCCAGACGAUGCAAAGCUGGCGGGUGGCCCACAGACGGCCAAUGCGGUCGGCGACGAGGAAAGCGAGGAGAGCGCCAGCAACAGAUCCAAUCUGCACCAUGGCAGAGACGUUGCCCUUGACAUUGGCAUAAGUUACAUCGUCGAGCUCAUCGAGAUGGAGAAUGUUCUGAAAGUGCUUGGUAUUGAAUGUUCUGAUAUACGGCAGAUUAGCACGAGGUUCGUCGCGCAAGAUCGUGGUGAUGGUACCCUGAGAUCAGACCUUCAUCUAUACCUCUCGCUGCACCCAUAAUACCGAAGGAGAAGACGGCGAACCAUAGCCUCCAGUUAAGCACUUCCUUUGGGUCAUCGCCCCGGUUGAGCUUGAAAAUGUUGACAGGUUUCUUUGCAGCACCCAUUUCUGGCGGAUGCAAAAGACUCUGACCACGAAAAAGUGUCGGGCGAAAUGGCUGGAUGCCAGAGUAGGAUUGAGAGUCAGUAAGAGAAGAGGGGGGUUUGAUAUAGACUUCAACCUUGACCCAGGUCGGAACAAUGUUGCAACGAGCAACGGUCCAU